GAUGGGCACCCAAUAAGCAGCCUGUUUUGUUGUAGGAUUGGGUAUAAAAUCCCAAAUCUCAUCAGCUCAUAGCUACUGGCACCAAGAAUCACUAACAGCAAGCAGAAUGGCUUUUCAUUCCACAUUCUUUGUUUUCUUAGCUGGACUGGUAUUUCUCUCYGAAGCUGCACCACUGGUCUCCCAUGGUUCUGUUGAUUCCAAAUGCCCUCUGAUGGUGAAAGUGCUGGAUGCAGUCAGAGGAAGUCCUGCAGCCAGCGUAGCUGUUAAGGUGUAUAAGAAGGCUGCAGAUGGAAGCUGGCAGGAGUUUGCUGUUGGGAAGACCACAGAAUAUGGGGAGAUCCAUGAGCUCACAACAGAAGAAGACUUUGUAGAAGGACUAUACAGGAUUGAGUUUGACACCAGCUCUUACUGGAAGGGACUUGGCCUUUCUCCAUUCCACGAAUAUGCUGAUGUGGUGUUCACUGCUAAUGAUUCCGGUCACCGCCAUUACACCAUUGCUGCUCUUCUCAGUCCUUUCUCGUAUUCAACCACUGCUGUUGUCAGUGAUCCCCAAGAAUAAACAUGCACUGUCAUUACAAAAACAUCCUCCUUUGCUAGAACUAUUAUAAGCUUUUAGGAGUUUGGAUUUUUUUUUUUUUCCUAUUGCUAAUGGCCUAUCUUAUUGCUACAUUAGUUUUUAUCAUUUUGU